GCGACCGCAAACGAGCACAGGCUUGCGCGUCGCAGACAGCGCGAGCGCGAGUGUGCAGAAUAUCGUUGGUGCUCUGGAUUUUCUGUUUGCAGUCUUUCUCGUUUCUUGCUUGCCUUUGAAUCGCCUGUAGCCGCGGCGAGUUGCGAGAGCGUUUGCUCUCUUUUCCAACCUUUUUUUCGCUUCUUCAGAGCGGGGCAGGCAUGCGCUUCCACCCCCCUGGAGGGCGAGCUAGACAGAGAGCAGGCGAAAAGGAGAGACGCCGACACCCUGUAGCUGGUUUUUUAAAGCGGUGAAGAAAGCUGAAUUUCCGCUCAUUUGACUCUUCUCCAGAGGCGCAAAAUGCAGACUUCAAACGGACGUUUGACUCCACACCGAGUGACGCGGCUCGUCGAGAAGGCUUCGGUUUUUCCGAGAGGCUCGAGACAGUGCUGACGAGCAUCUCGGUCUCGGUACGCCCCCCGCCCACCAAAACCGCGAGAAAAAAACGCUGGAUCAAGCAAACGCGCCUCUCAAAGGCUGAACCUUACAGUGUAACGAGAGGAGAAGAAGAGUAGAAGAAAAGAGGCACAAGAGAUGGCGGAAGAGUUCUUUCCGGCCUCGUCUUCUGCGUCCAGCCAGCGAGGUGGGGGACGCCGCGAGACAGGACGGCAGUCUUCUUCUUCUCCGUCGCGCUCUCUGUUGUCAAGAUCUUCUGUCAGGCUCUCGACCUCCAGAAGGGACAUGCUUCUGCUCUCUUCUUCGCUUCCCUCUUCGGCGCGCGUCGCUGGAGAACCGGCGCCGCAGAGCCGAGACGCAGGGCCAGGGCAGAGAGGAAGCAGAGAAGAAGCGCAGGCGAACAUCCCGACAAGGGAGAAGAACGACUCCGCAGAGGACAGAAGAAGCGCCGGCGUUCUCCGGUGGCUACGACAGUUCGCUCCACUUCGGCGCCGCCUCAGCGCGACGAGGACGGUGCUGCCGAGACUGACGGUCCUUCCCGAUGGACAUGACCGCAGUGUUCUGAGCGUCGACGUUCAUCCCUGUGGGGACUUCGCAGUCUCGGGGAGCGCAGAUCACGGACUGCGUCUCUUUUCGCUUCCGCCCCGUCUGGCUCCUGGCCUCGUCGGCGAGCUUUUUCGCGCGCGCGAAGGCCAUGCAGACUGGGUCACCUGCUGCGCCUUCGCGCCUGACGGCUCGGUGGUCUCCGGAGCGAUGGACGGGAAGCUCUUCCUGUGGAACACCAAGAACCAUCUUCUGCGGCGUUCUUCUCACGCGACGCGGACGUCGAGGAACCUCCUCCCCUCUCCAGGAUCUGCGACGCACUGGGCCGCUGCCGCCGCGGCACCACCCCUGGCGAGGGAACGGGGCGAGAGAGGUCGCUCGCAAGAAGGCGAGGCAUCGAGAGGACGGGAGCGUCUCUCCGCGCGGACGCAGACAUGUCGCGCGAGCACCAACCGGAUUUCUGGAAGGGAAUUUCGAGGCGGGCACUUGGCGUCGAUUAGCGGACUCCAGAUCGCGCCUGUGACCUCUUCUCAGCCGGCUGCCUCUUCUUUGUCGGACGCUGCGUCGAGCCGAGGCACUCAGGAGUUCUCGAGACAAACAUCCGGCUUCGAGCCCCCUGCGUUCUGCAUGACCUCCGGGUACGAUGGCUUUCUCCGGCUGUGGAACCUGCAGACGCUCCGAGAGAUGGUGGCGCUCUCGAGGGUCGCAGAGGGUUCCCCCCUCGCGCCCUCUCCCCUGGUCCGAUUUGUUUGGGCAAACGCAUUUGCAUGCGCCGGCUCAAAGGCCGGAGACCUCACGGUGUGGGAUGUGAACGCCGGGCGCCGCGUCUGCUCCUCGCGAGGCGGUCUGCACGCCGCCGGGGUCGCCUGUCUCCGUCUGUGGGCCUCUUUUUGUGGGGUGGAGACAGUCCCGCUACUCGCGUCGGGAAGCGUGAGGGACGGCCAACUGGCUCUCUGGGACCUGCGGGCCUUCUCGAGCCCCGUCGCGAGUUUGCAGGCGCAUGCAGGCUCGCUGAACGAGAUUCUCUGCCUGAGUGACUCAGGCGGAGCGCUCGGAAACUCCGACAGACGCAUGGCCACCGAACGCGUUUUAUGCACCAUGGGAGCCGACGGCGCAUGUCGCUUCUGGGACCUGCGCAGGCUUUCCUCCGGUGGGCAGGCCGCGACUCGAGAGAGGACAGACACGGGAUCGGCGAAUGGAGCGCUCCUUCGAGAAGUUUGCCUCGGAGGGCCUGCACGCGGCUUCUUGUGUGGAGACGUUGUUCACAGUGGCUUCGUCUGCGGGGGGGCGGGGGACGGCUCGGUGUAUCUGAUGAGCGCCGGAGACAGGGACGCGGACAGCGAAUUCGGGUGUCAUUUCGCGGAAGCAAACGAGCUUCCUGGCGUCUGCUUUAGGCUCCAGAGCGACAGGAAAGGCGCCGUGCAAGUCCUGCGAGCUGUCGUGACCCCUGCAAACGCGGCUGAGGGCGCCAGCGACCAAUUUGAGGAAGACCGAGGAAGCCAAGCCUCAAAACAGGAAAUUGUGCGGGGUGUGAUCGCGGGAGGAGACGACGGUCACCUGUCUUUCAUUGAAUUUGACUGAGAGAAAGAGGAUCUGGACAGUUGUCGAAAAGUUCGAAAAGUACGAAUGAGGAAGGCAGGGACCGAACGAUGCUGGCAGGGCAGGGAGUGAAAAACUCAAGAGGAAAGGGAGAGACGGGGUGGAAAGAAAACGGCGGAAAAGCCUUGCAUUUUCUUGUCUCGGGACGCUGACUCUGCGGCUCCAGAAGCAGCGACGAUCUUGCAAACCAAUUUUAUUCGCAAAGGAGAGAUGAGACUUGGUGAUUUUUAGCAUCCGCGGGGAACGUUUUGCUCGAGUCCCUCUCAAAUUCGGCGCACUGGAAAGAGAAUUUCCGUGGUUCGCUCCGAGUAUCUUCCUCUUCGAUCAACUGGAAUACGUCCCCGCAGUUUUCUUGUCAAGACGCAUUUCGUUUUCCUUUCCUCGCUGGACAAAAAACGCGACGCAACUGACUUCUCUCACUCGAGAAACAGAGGGC